GAGUAUCAAACUACCACGUCUGCAGAGGGGAGAGAGGGGAAGAGGAGAGGGGAUCAAAAUAAGACGAGUAGAGGAUAGAGAAGAUAUGACAGCGAGGAGUUAAGACAGCUACGUGAAAAACAAAGACGGCUGCAACAUCUGGAGUGAAGCGCGAGCUGAAUUUGGAAAAAAUACGCACAGACUGCAGCCCCAGAGCCCACUUCACACUUCCUGCUUCCCACGCCCGUUAAUUUGGUUGAAAAUUACCAAAGCCCGAGAACAAUGCAAAGAGUGAAAAAAAAAUAGCUCCCGUUGUUCAGGCAAUUUUAGUGAUUAGUUGCAGAGACGCGCCGUCACAUAUCUCCUGGAAACGUCUCUUUUGAUUUUGAGUCGAACUACGUGCGCUCGAAAAUUCCGGAUACGUUUUUUCAUAGAUAAUGUUUUGACAAAUAGCUAUUCGAAGUUUGCGUCAGUUGUUACAAGAGGAUCUGUCUGUUUUUAAGUGUUUUUGGAGAGACAAAUGAUGGCACUGGAGCUCAAAUCGCUUGUCCGACUACUGCUGCUGGCGGUGGUGUGGGAGCUGAGCGCACAGGGAGCGACGGAACGAGAAGUCAAUCCAGAGUCAUGGCUGCAGCAGUAUGGUUACCUUCCCCCGGGGGACUUGAGGACUCACGCCCUCCGCUCCCCUAACUCCGUCUCCUCAGCUAUCGCGGCCAUGCAGAGGUUCUACGGCCUCACUGUCAGUGGUACCUUUGACCCUAACACCAUCGAGGCCAUGAGGCGACCCCGCUGUGGCGUACCUGAUAAGUUCGGUGCUGAGUUGAAGACCAACCUGAGGAGGAAGCGAUAUGCAAUCCAGGGCCUGAAGUGGAAGAAGAAUGAAAUCACGUUCUCUAUACAGAACUACACACCGAAGGUCGGCGAGUACGAGACCCACGAUGCCAUCAGGAAGGCCUUCAAAGUGUGGGAGGGUGUCACCCCGCUCCGUUUCAGAGAAAUCCCCUACAGUUACAUACGGGACAAGGUGGAGGACUUUGCAGACAUUAUGCUCUUCUUUGCCGAGGGUUUCCAUGGUGACAGCAGCCCAUUCGAUGGCGAGGGGGGCUUCCUGGCACACGCCUAUUUCCCUGGUAAUGGAAUAGGUGGGGACACCCACUUUGAUGAAGCUGAGCCAUGGACUGUUGGAAACAAGGAUUUGAUGGGUAAUGAUAUCUUCCUGGUUGCGGUGCAUGAACUGGGCCAUGCCCUUGGUCUGGAGCACUCCAAUGACCCUUCAGCCAUCAUGGCUCCUUUUUACCAGUGGAUGGACACGGAGAACUUUCAACUCCCUGAUGAUGAUAUCAGAGGCGUACAGCAACUUUAUGGGUCUGGAUCGGGUCCUCAACCCCCUCCUGUGACACCCCGUACACCAAACCACAAUCCCGAGCCAACAUAUGCACCAGACAAGCCUCACUUUGGCCCCAAUAUCUGUGAUGGACAUUUCGACACCAUUGCCAUCCUCAGAGGGGAAAUGUUUGUGUUCAAGGACAAAUGGUUCUGGAGGGUACGCAACAGCCAUGUUUUGGACGGAUACCCCAUGCCGAUUGGUCACUUCUGGAGGGGAUUGCCUACUCAUCUCACUUCUGCUUUUGAAAGGGAAGAUGGGAAAUUUGCCUUUUUUAAAGGUGACAGGUAUUGGCUGUUUACUGAAUCAAUUUUGGAGCCUGGUUACCCGAAGAGUAUAAAGGAAAUGGGUACUGGGCUUCCCAAAGAUCGAAUAGAUGCAGCUCUCUUCUACACCCCCACUGGACAGACAUUUUUCUUCAGAGCAAACCAAUAUUACCGUUUCAACGAGGACACAAGAUCUGUUGACGCUGGCUAUCCAAAAUCUAUUAGUACAUGGCAGGGAGUUCCUGAUAACAUCAAGUCAGCCUUCAUGAGCAAAGAUCAAGCUUACACCUACUUCUACAAAGCCAACAAGUAUUGGAAGUUCAACAACCAGAUGAUGCGUGUGGAGCCUGGAUACCCCAAGUCUGCCCUUCGGGACUGGAUGGGCUGCCCCAACGAAGACCCGAAGACAGACGGAGGAAGAGGGGGAGGCGGACACGACAAGGACAAGGAGAGGGAGAAGGACAAGGAGCACGACGAUAAGGACAGAACAAGAGAUAGAGAGAGGGAGAGGGAGAGAGAGAGGGAGAGAGAGAGGGAGAGGGAGAGGGAGAGGGAGAGGGAGACAGAGCCGGAUACAGAGGUGAUCAUUAUUGAAGUGGAUGAGGAGGAAGGGAUAGGUGGUGGUAGUGGAGCAGCAGCAGUGGUUCUGCCACUGUUCCUGUUAGUGUGUGUGAUCGCAACGCUGGCGGCUUUGGUGUUUUUCCGUCGGUACGGCACUCCACGCCGACUCCUCUACUGCCAACGAUCUUUACUGGACAAGGUUUAGAAAGACGAGGUAGUGAGGGAGAGAGGAGGGGAAUGCAGAGGAGAGAAAAGAAACUAGUGAAAAGACAUGUUGAACAGAGAUUAUGAGAGCAGGAGAGAAAGAGAUGAAACCCAAGAAAGAGCUGAAAAAGCAAAGACUUGCAUUUUUUAAAAUUCGUACCACUGCCAGAUUCCUUUUGCCCUCUCUCUCUCUAAACCACUCCGUCCUUCCAAUCUUUCUUUUUCUCUCUCUCAUGUGUCUCUUCCUCUUUCCUCGUGUUUUGUGACGCCAGCUCAUUGCUGUUUGUUUUAGCCUUUUUCAAUGCCCUAUUUUUAGUUUUUUUUUUCAGUGGUCAGUGUUUGUGAAUUUCCGCUUUGGACCUGCAUCUUCAUGUUGCCCAUUCUUGCAUGUUCUUUCGAGUAAGCAAAAAAACAAAAAAAAGUGUUUGAUCGCUUGUUCUUCCCCCUUGUUAGCUUAGACAUACUCACAUUAGCACAAACAUGUGGAAACCACAGUGGGAUAGUCAUUGUGUUUCUUAAACUUCCAGUAAAGUCAACUGUCAGAGCCCAUAUGGACCAUAAAAGGGAAACAAAACAUUAGCUCAAGUCCUCAUCAAGCAUGAGGUCAUCAAAUCAGAGUAAAGCAAUAAAUGCAACUGUUUUUUCCCCCUUUUUAUAUCGAUGUCUUGAGAGCUGAUUUGUUUUAAUGCUAUGAUGUUGUCAUUAUUAUUAUGACUAUAACUAUUAUUUUUGUUGUCCUCUGUGUAAAGAAUGUGUUUUUGUACAUUGUCAUUAAAAAGUCCUGCUGGACAGUGACAUACAGUUGAAGGUGGCCUUAAUUUUAUAUAUGUGGGGACAGUGAAUGGGGAAAGGGGUUAUGUAUUAAUGAAACUUGAUUGUUUUUUAUUUUUGACCUUGAAUCCAUCUCAAAAUGAAAAUAAAUUGAAGAUCUGAAAAUGA